UUGAAGUAUUAGCAGUAUCAGUUAUAAUAAUCUAAACUUAUGAUACUUGUAAUUGAAUAGAAUAAAAUAAAAUCCUGAUUCUGUGACUUUGGCAACUUAAUUCAUCAUCUUUAAAGUUCAUUUCAGUUGAAUUUUACUAAGUUCUUGUCUUAUGGUUAUGGAGGAUCAAAACAAGAUAUAUGUAGCUGUAGGGAAAGAAGAGUUUGAAGAUAGAAAAUCAACUCUAAAUUGGGCUUUACAGAUGUCAAAAGGGGAGACCAUUUGUGUUAUUCAUGUUCAUGUGCCUACCCAAAAGAUCCGUCGACCAAAAAGGUAUGGUUUUCGAUCUCCUUUAAAGGCGGUCACACAAUCGGAGGUCAAUCAAGAAUUGGAAAGACAAGAGGUUGAAGAAAUGUUAGAUGAUUGUAUUAAAAUGUAUGCCCUUAAACAGGUUCCCUCUGAAAAAAUAUGCAUCGAGAAAGAGUCUGUAACUGAUGGAAUUUUGGAACUCAUAUCUGAAUUGGGGAUACAGAAAUUGGUGAUGGGUGCAGGCUCUAACAGCAGAUUUUUGAGGAUAAAACCAAAACCCACCUCAGAACAGUCUAAUGAAGUCCUUAAUAAAGCUCCUGAUUUCUGUCAUAUCUGGUUUGUAUACAAGGGUCGUCUAAUAUAUACAAGGGAAGCCACGAAGCAACUGAACCACCGUCUAGAAGAAAAUCAGUUGAACAGAUUGAGCUAUUCAGAACAAUCAGUUGAUUCACCAUCAGCUGAAUCAGCUGGUAGCUCAUCACCACUGUCUCAAAACAUGCAGCAUGAUUCUUCACCUGCUACUGUACUGCAGCCAACUAUCAUAAGCAAUGAUCCAUUUGGUCAACUUCAACAAGCCUUAAAAAAAGCUGAAAGAGCAAGACAAGAAGCUUCUGAAGAAUCAGAGAGGCGGCAGAAAGCUGAGAAAGAGACCAUGAAUGCAAUUCACAAGUUGAAGUCGGCUGAAGAUGAUCUAACCAAGGUGACAAGGAACCUUGUAGCUAUACAGUUCAAACUAAGUAAGGAUUUGAAAAAGCUCACCCAAGCAGCUGGUGAGUUCUCAUCACUUGAAAGACAAAUUGAGGACUGUAGUAAUCUCGAGGUGGAGGAAAUGGAAGAGAGAAUUCUCUUCACAGAGAAAUUGCAGAAGAACAAGAAGCAAUGUGAUAAAAUGAGAAUGGAUUAUGAUGAUAGUUUUGACGUAUAUCUAUCCGCAGAUGAUGAUUCUGUUGAUGUAGUUCAUGUGUUGGAGAAACAGGUUUUCUUGGAGCCAUCUAGUUCAAAUAAUACUACGUUUUCCUGUGAGUUUUCCCAGUCAGAUAUCAUAGAAGCUACUAUGUUAUUUGAUCCAUCAUUGAGAAUUCAGGAAGGAGACAAUGACAGUGUAUACAAAGGUUUCCUGCAUAACACCGAAGUGGCGAUAAAGAUACUUAAACCUAAUAGUUUGCUGGCCAUUCAGGGUAUUGCAAAGUUCAAACAAGAGGUUGAUGUAUUGAGCAAGCUGCGUCAUCCAAACCUGGUGACUCUAAUCGGCGUAUGCCCAGACUCCUUAGCUCUCAUUUACGAGUAUCUUCCCAAUGGAAGUCUUGAAGACCGACUGAAUUGCAAGGACAACACUCCCCCAUUACCAUGGAGAACAAGAAUCCAUAUAGUCACUGAAUUGUGCUCAGUCCUCAACUUCCUCCAUUCUAUCCUACCUUGCAGCAUUAUACACAGUAAUUUAAGCCCAAAAUAUGUACUUCUUGAUGCCAAUUUCAGCUGCAAGCUUAGUGGAUUUGGCUUCUGCCAUAUUAUCCCAACUAAGGAACAGAUUAACAGAACGAAUGAGCUCAAUGACACUUCUUAUUUAGACCCUGAAAUUUCACCUAAAUCAGAUGUGUACUCUUUUGGAAUUAUAUUGUUGCGGUUAUUAACAGGAAGACCUUCCUUGAACAUAGUGACAGAGGUUCAACAUGCUCUAGAGAAUGAUCAUCUUCAUAGAAUAUUGGAUCCUUCCGCGGGUGAUUGGCCAGUUGUACAAGCACAGCAUCUGGCUCACAUGGCUUUGAAAUGCUGUGACGUAAAUACAAAAGACAGACCAGACCUUGGUUCGGAGGUUUGGAGAGGGCUUAAACCACUGAUGACUUCAACUAAAAGCUUGUCUAAUCCUCUUCAGCCUGUUAGCGGGGACCAGAUACCAUCCUAUUUCAUUUGUCCCAUUUUUCAGGAUAUAAUGAGGGAUCCACAUUUUGCUGCUGAUGGAUUUACAUAUGAAGCAGAUGCUGUUAGAGGGUGGUUUGAAAGUGGCCGUGAUACUUCACCAAUGACUAAUCUUAAACUUGAUAGCCACAAUCUUACUCCUAACCGUGCUUUACGAUCUGCAAUUCAGGAGUGGCUGCAGAAGUACAAUCUUGUUUAGUUUAUCUAAUUCAUGCCUAAUACCAAAAAGUCUAUGGAAUGUUUUAUCUUUUUGUGCAGUUUGUGAUUCUCCUUCUGAAUCUCUGCUUUCUGGCAUUGUUUGAUAUUUUGUACAGUAUUAAGGGGUUAUAUGUGUAUUCUUUUGUAAAGAAUUAUCCUCUACGUUGAAAUAUUGAAUGUAAAUGUUAGCAUAUCUGCUGCCUGCAA